GAAAACAAAAGAGGGAUUGGAUUUUUAAUCCCGUGACCCAAUGAAGCCACCUUAGCUUAGAUGGCACUUAGGAGUACGCGUGCAACUUGUUUCCUUCAACCUUCUACCCCAAUCUGCUCAGAGAAGAGGCGUCACUAUUCUUGAUUAAGAUUCAUUCCACUUCCUAGGGUUUCUCAAACUCAAACACUCUUAAAGAUGCUACAUAGUGGUUAUUUGAUGCCUUUGGUUUAAGUUGGUAUUGCAUCAGUUUCACCAUGUCUUGUAUGAGAUGCUUUGAUCAAUUUGAAGAACAUGUUACUAGACUUUACCUACUCCAAUAAAUGUGAGAACAGAAAAGGACCAAGCAAUAAUUGGAUUUUGUUGCAUCAGCGUGUUAUCUGAAGUUUUAGUAGAUAUGGCUGCAGAAGAUGAUAAGAAUCUUGUCGAAAUCUCAGAGAACACGAUAGACAUUGCUAGAUAUAUGAACUAUGUCAGCGCUCCACAAGCUGGUGCAAUAGCGACUUUUGCAGGCACCACACGCGACACUUUCGAAAGUAAGACAGUUUUAGAGUUGAGGUAUGAAGCUUAUGUUCCAAUGGCAAUACGUUGUAUCAAGUCUAUUUGUUCAUCUGCAAGAGUGUCAUGGAAUCUAUAUUCCAUUGCUGUUGCGCAUCGCCUGGGGACAGUUCCUGUAGGAGAAACAAGUAUCUUCAUCGCCGUCUCAUCUGUUCACAGGGCUGAUGCACUGGAGGCAUGUAGAUUUAUAAUAGAUGAAGUAAAAGCUACAGUUCCUAUUUGGAAGAAGGAGGUUUAUUCAAACGGAGAAGUUUGGAAAGAAAACUCUGAGUUUUUGGAGCGGAGGAGCGAUCUUGGUAACAAAGAUGUAGAUUGCAGUGCGAAAAUGGCAGAAAGUAUGGAGCGCAGCAACAAAAAGCCUUGCUGUGGGACUAAGGUUAAGGUUGAUGAUGAUGUAAGCCAGAAAUAAUGCUAGUGUUGGGGAUCAAAAGACAUUAGGUAGCGUUAAUUUUGUUCCCUUUAAUCAAAUAAUGCUAAUAAUAGUUUGCAGAAUAUCUUGAUUUCCAAAUCUCAGAAAAAAGAUUGCAAAAUUAUAUGAAAUAUACUCCAAUGAUAUUAAUAUAUUUCAUUAGAUAAAGA